GAGGAGGAGAAAACCCCGAUACAAACGCACCAUGCUGCCCGGUUCCAACUUUAAUUUCACACGCAGAAAAAGUCACUCAAGAAGACUGGUCUAGCUCUACAUUGCCCUCUGUGGACUUUAUCGGAUAUUUUUUCGUGACAUUUUCCUGAUUUCCCUUCCUUUUGAAUUCCCCUUCUGUAAGGACAGCUGAAGAUUCUACAAUCAAUCAUGUUGCAAAGCUUCGCUCAGUCGCAGGACUGGUUUUCCUCGGAGCCGCUGCUCUUUGAUGAUGAGUUCUGCCAGAGUUUGAUGAAGGACCUCCAGUCGCUGCCGACACCCCCCCAGUCCCCCCCCAUGAAGGCCGGACUGGGUGGCGGUAAGCCCCUGUCCAAGGAGGACCAGCUGAGCUACGUGUCAGACAUCCUUCUGGAGGAUCACGACAUGCAGCUCAGCUGGAACUGCGACUUCUUCCACUCCGAUGCCGUAGAGAAGGAAGGCGAGUCCAGCCAGCCCUGCUCCCCUCUGGAGGAGAGCGGCGAGGACUGCCUGUGGCAGUGCCUGGCAGCGGACAAGAGCCUGGAGGAGAAGCUGGUCUCCACGAUGCUCGGCUCCAGCCCGCUGCUGUCUGACAUCGACACAAGCAUCUUUGAGGAGAUCGCAGGCUCCACACUGGACUGCCAGAACCUGAUGGACACUCAGGAGCCCAGCGAGUCCACAUCAGACUACGGAUCAACUGGUGGCGAGUUGUCGGUCUAUUCAUCCAGUGACUCUGAAGAAGAGAUUGAUGUGGUGACGGUCGGCCGCUGUACCUCCAGCCCCUCCCCUCUGCCCCCAUUGGUUGACCAGUCUGCCCGUCAGCAGAAGCAGGAAGAGGAGCAGCGGGCUCUUCAGCGCCACCACAUCGAGAUUCAGCUGCAACACAACUACGCUGCGCCUUGCCCCGCCUCACCGCCACCUUCCUCCUCGUCCUCAUCUUCGUCCAGCAAGCGCUCGAGAGGGAGUGACGGCUCCUUGCGCUUCCACCACUCUUCUCGCAGCUCUUCAUCAUCGUCUUCGUCCUUGCGGUACCACCACAACUCAUCCCGAAGCUCGACGGAGACUGAGGAUGAGGAGGAGCGGCGGCGGACUCACAACGUGAUGGAGAGGCAGAGGCGCAACGAGCUGAAGAACUGCUUCAUGCGCCUUCGCGACAACGUGCCAGAGCUGUCGCACAACGACAAGGCGUCCAAGGUGGUGAUCCUGAAGAAGGCCAGAGACUGCAUCUGCAGCCUGGAGGACGAGAGCCACAGACUACAGUCCAAGAGGGACAAACUGAGAGCCAAACAGGAAGAGCUGAAAGCCAGGCUGGAGCGGUUGCACAGCUAAUGGACCAGGGGCGAACCAUGGGCUGCAUUUGUAGCUGUUAGGAGACUGCGUGGGGUGGGAUGGGGUGGACAAGGGAAGAGACUUUGUACAAAGACAUAGGGAUGGGGGCGAUAAAGGAUGGCGUGUCAUGCUGAAAAGACCGCACAAAGUUUGACAUUUCAAAGACUUUAUGGUAACAGUGGCUCUGGACUAUGUAGACUCACACACGCACACUGUUGGUAUGGACAGACACAACACACUCAUUGCCUCAGAGUUGAUCAUUCUCAUGCCUUGACUGCUGACUGUUGUAGAGCGUAGGAUGUUUUUUUUUUUUUUUUUUAAAGCUGAAAUGAGGAGAGAGCGAGCAGAUAUUUUUUUUAUUUUUUUUUAGUUUGGCUGGAUGCACACUGAACGGCAAGGACGAAAUCUUUUGUAAUUUGUUUUGUUUCCUGAUCCCAUUUGAGGAUCUUUACUUUGGGGAUGUAAAUGGCGAAGAUGAAGCAUUGGGUCAAAUAACUGGAAGCCACAGCAGCUCAGUAGUUGUAUGAAACUUGAAUAUUGUAUUUUCAGGAUGUCUUAUAGCCAUACUAACCAGUGAUCCCUCCACACUGACAGGUGUUUGUUGGUGGCUUCGAAGUUACUUGAUCAACCGCACCUUUGUCUGUUCCAGCGAAAUUCCAGUUCUGAUGCGUUUUAAUUUUUCGAUCGGGAAAAGGUCCUUCAGUGUGCGUCCAGCCCUACCUGGCCUCAGGCGGACCCUUGGGCCCAACACCACUCUGUUAUCAGGUUAAUGUAAGUUAAUGACAAUACUGUAUUUACCAGGUUUGAUACUGUACACAUAACAAUGCUUGGCAUGGGUCCAGUUCACCAGCAGUUCACUCGCUUCAGAGUGUGCACGUUUUCUCACGUUGGAAAUUGCUUUGUGUAUUUAAGUGUUAUGUCAUUAAUGAAUUGCUCAAACUCAGACGUAGCCAUAUUAACCAGCAUUCAGGUUUUGAAGAGACUGAACUGGAACGUGAACUGAACCGCGAGCCGCGCUGUCGUAGCAAAUUAGCCAAAGUCAGGACUCAAAACCUCUGGAUGACGUUUGAUUCUUGCAUGUGUGACAGACUGACGGUGUCCUGGCAUUUUAUUUAAAGGUUCUGGUUGGAGGAAGCUGCAACAGCAGCGAUACUGUGACAUUUAGUUGUGUAGAGUGGCUAUUUUGCUAUGUGUAAAUUAAGAAAAACUUGUCAACAAUUUUAUUGUUAGACGACCAUUAUCUAGUGGAAAUAGCUCAUUGUCAUUUAGUGGUCGGUGGCCCUCGUGGAUCAAACCUUCUCAAAUGAAAAGAGCUUGUAUGAGAUGAGAUUCGAACCAUGUACUUGUUACAUGAAUGAGCGCCACUGACUUUGACCAACAUUCCUGUGUUUUAAGAGUUGAGACAGAGUUCAGCCUUCACUGGCACCGUUUUGUGCCCAGUUAAACUUAGUUGUGAUUACAUGGGGGAGAAAAAAUGGCUGCUGAACAGAGCUUUGACACCAAGUAAUAAUUUUAGGAGGCAAAACGUUAAAAAUUAAGGUUGUACGCGUUCACCAGGAGCCUGUUGUAUCCACUUAAAAUCAGGUGAUUUGUUGAACUUGUACUUUGGGCUGGAUCUGAAGUUUGAAAUAUCAGUAACGGGAUUGAAUGUUUAAUGGAAUGCCAUUUUAUUCUAAAUAAUAUCCAUUAUUGCCAAUGUUAUCCAUUCAAUGUGCUGUUUUGUAAUGAAAUGUGCAAAUGGAAAAAACAUUUGCUUAUUUGUGUCAAAUGUCUUAAAAUGCCUCCUGUUUUUAUGAAUAGAGUUUUUCCUCCUUCAGUCUGAGUGUACUUGAACAGACCCUGGUUGGUAGGAAUAAUUCAAAUUGAGGUGUUCCGGUGUUUUAAUGGUAAAAAAAAAACCUGUUCUGCCUUGAAAUGCAUUCUGUUCAGGACUCCUUGUUUCCUU